GUUCUUCUAAACACUUCUCCGGACUUCAGCUCCUCGGUCAACUGGGUUUAUCUCCAUCACAGAAAGAUGUCUUGCUCCAGCCUGUGCUAUCCAGAAUGCGGGGUGGCCCGACCCAGUCCAGUUUCUGGCAGCUGCAACGAGCCGUGCGUUAGGCAGUGUCCUGACUCUGAAGUCAUCAUCAGACCAUCACCGGUUGUUGUAACCAUCCCAGGACCAAUUCUCAGCAAUUUCCCUCAGCAGAGUGAAGUGGGAGCCGUUGGAGCACCUGUGGUCGGAGCCGGCUACGGGGGCUCAUUCGGUUUGGGCGGAUUGUACGGCUAUGGAGGUCAUUACGGAGGAUUGUAUGGUUUUGGGGGAUUAGGUGGUUACGGGGGCCGUUAUGGUUAUGGGGGAGGUUAUGGGGGUGGUUACGGGGGAUUGUGUGGUUACGGGGGCCGUUAUGGUUAUGGGGGGUUGAGUGGUUACGGCGGCCGUUAUGGUGGACUGUGUGGUUACGGAGGAGGUUACGGUUAUGGGGGAGCAUGCAGUUCCGGGGUAUCUUGCCAUAGGUACCUGAGUGGAAGCUGUACACCAUGUUAAACCCGGCAGGAAUAUCAAUGGUAAAAGAAAAGACCAGGAAAUGAACAACAAGCUAGAGAUUCAGAGAUUUCAGAAGUGCUGGGCAGGCAUGGCUCCACUUGAAUUCAAUGCAAACUGUGUCUGCUCAGCCCCUUUAUCUCAUAGACCGAUUGCUAAUAUUAUGUUUAUAAACUCUUUCUGCCAAUACUUUCCCAACCACGUGCUUAUUCUCCUAGUCACACGUGGACUUGUU